CGCGGAGCUGGACGUCCCCUACGCAUUGCUUGCGUGCGGACACACCUUGGCGUCGCGACGCCAGCUGUGGGCAUCCAUCGACAGAGGGCCGCCUGAGACGCAGCAAGCGGCGCUCCUGGCGCUCUCCAGCCCAGAAGCGACCGCCGACUGCAUCAAGUACGUGGGCUGGGCGCUGGUGCGCUGUGUUGGGCAGCGCUGA